AGCGGCCGGCGGUAUCAGCCCGACCCGAUCUUGCCUGAGGUCUCAUCAGGCAGUGUGCGUGUAACUUGAGCAGCUAGGUAGUGUUGUGCCAACAGCUGCGGGGUCAGGGUUUGUCCCGCCCUCACACCCGGGUCGGGUUGUGCAAAGAGUGCCGACAAUCGCUUGGCAAGAGCUCGGCUGCCCCGCCAAAGCUCCCUCAACACUCGCGCUACUGCAUAUUUUUCAGGACUUGGACGACCGCAACCGGCGAAUUUUACCCCCGGAAUUACAACCCAAGUUGCGUGGACUGUAGCUGGUGGCCUCGCGAACCUCGAUGUAGCGAGCAGGCCGCGAUGGGCAAGCUUCAGAGCAAGCACGCCUGCAAGAGGCGGGAAAGUCCAGAGGGCGAUUCCUUCGUGGUCAAUGCCCACUUCAACACAGGACGUUACAGGGGGAUUGAGGAUUUCAUCGCUCGACAGAAAAAUGCAACAGGGUUACAGCUCGCAACUUACAAAGGCGGCCGCCAACCACCGGUAACGUAUAAAGAGCCGCCAGCCCAGGAGAUGGAAAAAGCAGGUGGCUGCAAGCCUGUGCCAGUGGGCAUGGCAGAUGACUGCUUCCCGCUAGAAGUUCAACUUCCUCCGGAGACACCAGACCCCGGAAGACGGACGCCAUUUUAUGUCGUAGGGCCAAACGAUGGAGACAGCAAAUCUUCGGUGGAAGAAGGUGAAAAACCUGGUCUGCAUGUGGAGGAGUUUGAAUGUGGGGUGUCUGUGGAAGGAAGCGACAAGCAGGAGUGGACCUUCACCUUGUACGACUUUGAUGGCAAAGGCAAGGUUACUCAAGAGGAUUUCGCCACCCUCCUCCACUCCAUCUACGAGAUGGUGGGGAACUCCGUACACCUGCCCAGCAAGAGCAGCAGCAAGGGGAACAAGAACAAGACGUUAAAACUGCGCCUGACGGUGUCGCCUCCCAAGAACGGCAAGGCUCCCGAGAAACGGGUAGAGACGGAGAUGGAGCAGGAGGUAGCGAAGGACGAGGACGGGGAUAGCGGGAACGAGGGAAUGUCAGAAGGAUGCGAGACGCCGACUCGCAAGAAAUCCUGCAGUGCCAAUGACCAGAUGAGGAAGCUGAACCUGCAUGAGUUUGUACAGAAGUCCAUAGAGAAACAACAGCAACAACAGCAGCACAGAAUAGCACAGCUAAGGAGACACCACAGCGACAGUCACAACCACCACCACCACUCUGCAGACGAGGUGAGAAGACAUCGCCACAGCCAUCACCGACCACCAUCGCGCCAGCGCCAGCAACAACCGCUCCAACGUGCACGAGAACCCCGACCGCCGCAGCCACUACCUGGACCUGGCCGGCGUGGAGAACCUCAACAACGCUCCCAUCACGGGGAUGUAUACAUCCUCAAAUUCCCAAGAAAACAACCAUUCUCGAUCAAGGUCAAGAGGCCACGAGGGCCACCACAGGUCAAGGUCACAUGAUUCUCAAGAACUGCAAGGAUUGGCCAAGCACGAACUGCACGUGCACAAGACGAGAUCAACUAAGGACGUGCCGCACAGCUAUUCUCGAACGACAGAAAUGCACCACACGCAAAGAAUAAAAGAAACACAUGGGAUUCCAAAACUGAACGAAAGUACUGUAGCGCGGAUUAUUGAGAUCCAGCAAAGGGCACGAAUGUAUCAGGACAUGGGACGAAAGGGACAGAUUUGCCCGGUUCAGCCAUCUUUAAAUCCCUCGCGAACAAAAGGGAGACCGACAGGCUACGCGGCUGCGCUGGUGAGCCCGCCGGGCUUGCACGGACACAGGCGGCACCACAGACACAAGGAGGAGUUCAAGGCCGUACAGGAGUUGGAGUUCGUGGAACAGACGGGAGAACGGCCCGCGUCGGGACACGUCCAGCGUCACGAACACCAUCACCACCACGAGCACCAUCACCACCAUCACUACCACCACUAUCAUGAGGCAUAAGGGCCAUCUCCGCUCCAGUACAGGCUGCACCUGUCACUGUCCUCCCCACUCGUGUCUCCCCUGAGAGGAGGACAGUGGUGGGUGCACAAGCUCAGAGGAAAAAAGCAGCAGGCCGGUGUAUCUGGUCAGCUGAGGUUGAUGUACUGACUGGACUGCACUCUCUCUCAUGACUCACUCAAGAAAAAAAAGAUAGCAACGUUGGCCAGUUUCUUCAAAAGGAGGAAAACUGCUGAGAAUUGUAACUAAUUUGACCACAGAAGUGGAGAGAGGGUGCAGUGGGUUCUUGGAGUGGCAGCCAUAUAUAGACCAUGUACAAAGUGGUGGCAUGUGAAGGGUGUAGGGUGGCUAAGGUAUUCUAGACUUGUUUGUACAUAAAUUUUUAGACUUCUCAGAAUAGUGGUACCAUGCAUUUGGGUAUUGGUGCCCAGUGCAUUUCUUGAUGUGCCUAAAGGAAGGCACCCUCGGGUGUCCAAAGGCAUUGAUUUUCAGGUGCCUGCAUAAUAGGCAAAUUAAGUAGCCAUCCAAACCUAGUAGAAGUUUAAGUUGAAAUAGAGGAUAAGAAAAGUACCACUGCCUUCACAUGAUGAAAUCUAUUUUUCUAUUUAUUAUUCUUUGCCACUUUUGUUGUAUUUUGCCAGACAGCAUGUACAUAAACAUUAUUGGUCACAUCUUGGCAGGUAUUUGUUCAGUACAAAAUCCUUCCAGUGUACAUCUAUGAGUAUGUAUCAUGGCCAGUUAAAAAAACAAAGUCGUGCAUAGUAACAUUUUAGAGACUUGGCAAGGUCUUAUUUUUUGUAGUUUUAAGAUUAGUAGCCUACCUGAUCUGUGUUCAUUCACAAAAGAUGUUUUGUGAAGGAAAGUGGCAAGUAUAUAUGUAUUAUAUAUAUAUCUAUAAACACUCAAUGCCACAACGCAAUCAGGAAACUAAAAUUGGGGGUAUUUUUUGCAAGUUGGAUUCUCUUAACUCGAUUAAGAUCUUCAUUCCCCUCCCCAUAAGUUGUCAGUCCUGUUUAUCGAGGCCUGACUGAUAUAUAUGUCAUUUCUAUCAAAAUUAUUACCACCCUUCCUGUAAAUUUAAAAAUCUAUAGUUUUGAGAUUAAUAUAUACAGUACCAAUGUGUAUAUACAACUUGUACGUAUGAUGAUUGUUGUUACCCCCAUUAACUUAGUUAUUUAAGUACCUCGUAGACGAUGAAAACACUGCUAUCAACUUUUGUACAUUGUAUUAUACUUUUUUGUUGUUUUGAAACGUUCUCAUGAUUCUCAUUGUACUUGAUCUUAUGUUGUUUUUUUCACUGAUGUGGUGAUGUAAAGAAACAAGAUAGGAAUCCCCAAUUCCAGGGCACAAUGUUACAGGGUUGGAGGAAGGCUGCAGACAAUAUGUGAUAUGCAGAUGGAAGAAAUAUUUAUAGUAAAUGUUUUAAAUUCCAACCAGUAAGGCAUAGAUGUAGGAAACAGUGACCCUCUGAGUGGUGAACUUUCCACAAGUUCAUUUGGUAGGAAAACUUACAUAAGUGUGAUGGUCGAGCUAAGAUUCCUUUUAUAUUCUUUAUGUUUAUUACAACAUACUCCUAUACAGGUACCAAGAAUCUGAAUCUCAGAUGUUUUAUUAUAAGUCAUUUUCUUAUAUUCCCAUUAAUAUGGACCAAACAGAAGUUGCCAAAAUUGUCAGUUUUUCAUCUGUUUUCCUCAUGGUCCAAGGAAGAGACAGUCUCACAGAAUUGUGUUAUUUCACACACUGCCAUUGUCACAUUCUUCAGCCAUUGACUGUAUCAUUCGUGGCUUAUUUUUCUAUAUUGUUAGAAAACUUUGCAGCAAAACACUUUAUAGGAAGUUUUCUAUAUUUUGUCAGGAACCUCUACAACCACAAUUUGCCCCAGAACUUAUUUAUUUCUUGUGUAAAUUACUUCUUGUUGUCUGCUGAAUCAUACAGCUGUUCAGUCGGACGAAAUGGUAUAGAUUUUGUUGAUGCAGCAUCAAGAAUUAUGGGUUCUAACAGCCAAACAAAGGAAUUGUACAGGUGUAAUGAUUUUGUGAGUCAAAGAUGUCAAGAUUUCUCACUUGAAAUAUGGAAAGUGGAAACUGUUAUAAGGUAUGUGACUCGUGCAAAUAGGAACGUACAUGCAAGCCAGUAUUAACAGUGAUCCGUGUGUUGUUUGCACCGCUGUCAAUCAGAUGUACCCCCAAUUAUUUCAGUCAGGGAACAAUAUUCAGCAAAGUACAGAAUCCACUAUGUUGGCAGCUGGAGUGACUGUCUUCGACAUAGGAAAUUCUUGUUCCAGGGAGGAAGGAAAGAAUAUCUUUCAGUACAUUGAAAAUGUGAGGACAAUGUUUAAAGUAUCAUGUCAUCACUAUAAGGAACUAUGUUUACUGUAGAUACUACACACUUGUAGGUAGUGUUAAGUGCUGACUGUACGGGAAACGUAUUUUGUUGGCAGCAAACUUUGUAUGUGUCAAAGGUAUCUAAUAAACAUUCUUUGUGAAGGACAA